AGCGUGCGCGAAUUUGGUCGCUUUGUGGUGAAAUGUGCUUCUUUUAACCGUUUUCUUGAUAAUCCGCAGUGGAUAGUAGCAAUGUUAAAAAGCACAGUGGGUGUCAAUAUAAAGUGACGGCCAUAUUUGCCGGUGCCGCUGUUGUAAACAAAAAGUGAGAGACAGACGCUUCACUGAAUUUCGGGUCAUUUUUAUUUCUUUAAUUUACAAUGUCUUUGGGAAUGUCUUACAAACCCAAUGUCCAUCAGCACAUUCCGGGAACUUCUGGGAACCAGGGAGUUGUUUUUGAAUUGUCCACAGUUGCAAACCUUCAGUCUCCCUCAGCAGCUAACCUGGCCACGCUGCAGUCCUACAGGCCCCUUCUGAGUGACUACGGACCUCCUUCUCUGGGAUUUUCACAGGGCUCUACUGGCAGCCAAGUGCCUCAGAACAAAUAUGCAGAGCUGCUGGCCAUCAUUGAAGAGCUCGGAAAGGAGAUCAGACCCACAUACGCUGGAAGUAAGAGUGCAAUGGAGCGACUGAAAAGAGGAAUAAUCCAUGCCAGGGGGCUGGUGCGUGAAUGCUUGGCUGAGACUGAGAGGAAUGCAAGGUCCUAGCUAAAAACGCCCAUUCCUCCCUGCAAGAACUACCUUUCAUGAGGAGAAAAAAUAACUUGCAUGGCGUUUCCUUUGCAAGGAGGAAGUAAAUGAACAAAGGAUGGAACAGCAAGCUCCUCGAGAGAGAGAGAGAAAAAAAAAAGAAAUACAGUAAUGCAAUUUGUGACUCCUGAGAGCUCUGGAGGAUAAUUUCAAUCAUGUGUGGGUUAUUGGAACUAAAAUGAGAGAUAUCAUGUGUUUGUUUGUUUGUUUGUUUUUUGGUUGUUUUUUUUAUGCCCCAUUUUUUUGGAUCAUAGUUUUGACUUCAUAUUUAAAGCAUUGGUUUAUGCAUGCAAAUGGGCCCAUAGGUUAAUUGUAGACACUGCAUGGAGUAUACAGGUGUAGAUGGGGAGGACUUUUUCUUUGAAUUUUUUUUAAACUUUGGGUUUUUUUGGUAGUGGUUGGUCUGAUUUUCAGACCCCUUUAACACCUAGCUAAGUAAGGGAGGGACAGAGACGUGCCAAAUGCAUCGGUUGAUUCGUGUUGAGGUUGGUUUUGGUAUUAAAGGGAGGGAAAAAAAGGAAAAUGCUGUUAACUUGCAUCUUUGUAUGUAUUUAUUACUCAGUGUAAUAAAUUGUAUUUUCAAUAUA